AGCCGACCUUUCGGCUCAGCCUGCCGCCAUGCGGCGGUUGGGAAACCGCUUGGUGCUGGCGUUACUGCCCUGGGCGGUCGCUGCCUCCAAUGAAGUUCAGCUCCAAAGUCUGCGAAGACUCCGUGAGGUUUCCGUGGAGCAUCAUGAAGCCCAGAAGCAGCUGAAAGAUGUCUCGGAGGAUUUGCAGCAGCUGGAGAUGUACCUGCGACAGCUGCGAAGCUCCACACGCGCCAGGUUGGAAGAUGGCGCCAAGAAGGACCAGGUCCUCUCCAACAGCUUCGGCCUCUUGCGGCACCACCGCGCCGAGCCCACGCCCACGGACGCGACGGAAGACACGUCGGAGGCCAUGCGAUUGGCGCUGGCGCAAAAGGUGAAGCGAGAAGAGACCGCUGCCGCCGCCGCCGGGGUGCGUGUGAAGGAGCUGCGGCAGAACCUCACGCAACAGGAAGAGAUGUUUCAGGCACAGCAAAGCCAAUUGGCCCAGAAACAGCGGCAGAUCGCGGAGCUCCAAAGGGCAGUCAGCACUUUGCAGGCACAGGCCAAGGAAGAAGUGGCUGCAGAUCAUGGCCUGGAGCUCAAGUACCAGCAGCAAGCAGAGGAGUACCAAAAGGAUGUGGAACAGCUGGAAACCGCGCUGCGCGGUGCCAAGGAGCAGCUGGCGGAUCUGCGACAGAUGCAGCGCAGGGACCAGGAGGAACUGACUGAAGGAAAGCAGCGGUUGCAAAAAAAUGAGAACCAUGUGCAGCUGCAGCAGCAAGAGCGACGAGACGAGGAGUACCACGCAGAUGCCAUGCAGCGACAGGUGCUCCAACUGAAGGAUGACAUCGACACCUCACUGGUCCAGGCAGGUGCAGCCACUGUGGCCUCGUCCGGCCACGAGGUUAGGCUGACGGAGGUGGUGCGGGUGGCCGUGCGGAAACGACAGGAGAUCCAAGAGUUGCAGGCCAACGUCAGUGGUUUGGAGGCGCAGGUGCAGCAAGAGAGCAUGCAAUUGGAUCAGUUGAGGUCCAAGGAAACCUUUGACACUCAGAAGGUGAAGGAAGAAAUCCAACAGGUUCGGCAGAAGAAGCUCUACAGGCUGCGCGCGGCGCAAGAUAUGUACCACAAGCUGCCGGAGCUCUUCCAGCAGCGUGCGAAGGUGGACGAGGAGCGCCGCAAGAACGAGGCCUUUGAGGCGUCACAAAGUCGCACGCAGCAGCAGAAGCUCAGGGAAGAGAAGCUGAAAGAAAGUGAAAAACAGGAGGAUGAGGAGCUGCGCACGGAGUUGCACUCCUCGAAGCAGCGCCUGCAGAGUAUCAAUCCGCGGGCGGAUGGGAAGAAAUCUGUAGCGAAGAAGCGGGUGCAGCAGCUGCGGGCCAAAGUGGCCGACACCAAGCGAGAUGAGGCCAAAGAACAGAAGAAAUUCAUGGAGCGGUCCACAGCCUUGCAACAGGAGAUCCGCCAAGAGGAAAGCACGGGACGCAGGAAGAGCAGUGAAAAGGCUAGAGCAGUGGAGAAGAUGCAGGGCGAAUUGCUGGCCUUGGAGGUUCCUGGCAAUGGUGCUUUCCAGCCGUUCCUGGUGCUGGAAAAGUUGCUGGAAUAUUU